CAAUUUCUGUUUUCACACAAGGGAAGUUAACUUUAGUGUUAUCGCGCUUGCCUUAUCUGAUGAACACGUUAUGCAGUAGCUGUAAUAUUGUUGGUCGUUUAAUUUAUGUGUGUGAGGUAUCCCGCUUUGAUUUUUAAAUCAGCAUAACUAGACACUUCUGUCAUGUAGGUUCUCAACGUGCCCGGACAUGCCUGACAAAAAGUGCCUUUUAAAAGGAGCAUCAUCACUUUCGGCAGAGUAUGAUUGGAGGUUUCCUGGAUGCAGAGGAUGAUGCCUGGACAUCAUGACUGUGCUGGACACUGAAACUGCUGCUGCUUUUGUUGGAAUGAGUCAAAAUCUGUGGUUGGAGAAAGCCUGUUCUAUCCUAAUUCCUGAUUUACCAUUAUGGAUCAUUGAAUAUGCAUGGACUAAACGGAUGAUGGAGGUCUUAGAAGUUCUAGGUCCACCAUUAUGGCUAGAAGGAGACUGGCACCAUCUGAGCCUUGAGGAGCCGUGCAGAGUCCGUGCGGUGGCAGCAGAAGUUUGGAGGAUCGUGCAAACCAGAGACAUCCAGCACUUUGAGAGAGUCCUUGAGUUUUUGGAUGUUACAUACACACUUGAACCACGACUCGUGACCCCCAUCAAACACAUGAAGAUCAAGUUUGGUCUGCAGACACUGGUUAUAAUGUGGAUGUUGUGGAACGAUGAAAGCGCUGCUAACAUCACUGUCAAGAUGGAAAACUUUUUCCCAAACAAACUUCCAGAGUAUUACAAAUGUAGACGCAAGCAUGUAGAUCUGAUGCAGAAAAACCAGAAAGAGUUCAAGUCCUUCGCUCAUGUUCUGGCAAGAGACAGGGAUAUGCGGGAGACUUACAUUCAUGAUUUAAUGGAGGAGCAAUAUGGCGAACGCUACGCACAGAAACUGGAGGAGAGACUCUUGCACUAUUUGGGAGAACUAGAUAAACUUCUGCCACAACCUACAUAUAUUGACCAGGUACUGAAGCAGCCUCAUUCAUAUGAGAGGGGAGAGAAGAUUUUGAAGAAACUGCUUUCAAAGGACAGCGCAUCUCUAGCCACGGCUCUGAAAAGACUUCUACAUUGCGCUGCAACAACAAAUCUGGAUCUUGAAGAAAGUAGCACAUCCUCAGUUCCAAACACUUCUGAAGAACAAAGGGAUGCUGAAGUUGAGGAACCAUUACUUGGUACCCUCCAUGUCAUUUUAAGGCCAUCACAGGACAACAUGACAACGGAUCCGCUCACACAAGCCAACUCAAAAGAGCUUUUUGGCUCCCAGGGCUUGUGGAAACAUAAAAACUCAGAAAAUAUUUUACCUCAGAAGGAGAUUUGUUCUGACAGAGUUACAUCCACCCAGCUGUCAGGUUCUGAAACCAAUGAGGAUAACUUGACCCAGUCUUUUCUGGUGCAGAAAGAUCUGGUUGGGAAGCACAGACUUGCGAAGACUCAAGCUGAACCGGAAAUAAAGGAAGCCGAGACUGGUUUCACAGAGCAGACGUGCUCCAGACAUGGUAAAAAAAUGAAGAGCAUUCUUCAGGAAUGUUCUGAAGAGCUUGAUGGAGAUGCCGUACAGGUAGAAUGCACUCCAACAUCAACCCAAAGCACUCCACCAUUUCUCCCGCACACACCUCAACCACAAGCAUCUCCAAACCAGCACUCAUUGUCCUCGCACCCAGAUUCAUCCUCUACAAACAUUUCAAAGGUCAGUCGUUCACCAGUGUCCUCAACGACACCAGUUUCACCUUCACUCCUACAACAGUGCUGCUCACCAUCUCAAUCCACUGCCUUGGAGCAACUAGAUACCUCAAGAAUCAAUGAAGGACCGGAUUUAGCUCCCAUUGUCUUUGCCGAACCUAGCAGAACCAUUGAACCCAAGCUGAAACUGUCCAUAGAGAGUCAAAGCUUCCUCAUACAGUCCAGGUGGCUUCAACCUCAAGUGUGCCUUCACAGAAUAAAUAACGAAGAGUGUGCCAGACUUAUGGAUUCAAACGGAGCUUGUGACAUUUUAGAAAAAGAACGAGAGGCUGAAGAUGAUGAAUACAUCUUAUAUGAUGUGAAUGCACUGUAUUCUGAUUCAUACUCAGAUGAUUCAGACUCGACAGAUUGUGAUGAUCCGGAUUACACGCCUAGAGGUGACAAACAAAGGACAUCAAAAAAGAAGUGCUAGUGAACGUGGACUUCUUAGAUUUUGCACAUGCGUCGGUACUCAAACAUUGAUUUUAGCAGUUUACAUUGUGCAUAUAUUUAAAUUAGCUUUGCAUAGGAUUAAGGAACUAUGCGUUUUUGCUUGUUUGUUACCUCGUUGUAUUACCUCAUGGAGCACCCAAGAUCACGUGAAACAGUUGAUUGCGUUAUCCACCAUUGUCCUCAAAGAAACAAGAUACUCCUUCACUUUUGGUUCUCUCAAACCAAAGCCUCAAAGCAUUUUUGCUUGCUAAGAAUCAACCCAAGACAGAUUUUAAGCUGUCAUUGUCUUCACCAAACCAAGCAGUAUUAACAAACGCAACCUGAAACUGACUUUAAAGAGUUAAAGCUUCUUCAUGUAGUCCAAGCUGCAUCAACCACAAGUGAGACUUAAAAGAAUGAGCAAGGAACAGCAAGCCAAAUCCACAAAUUCAAACAAACCCCACGACAUUUUGGGAGAAAAAUAGGCUGAAGACGCUUGUUAUUUGAUUGUGACAGUGCACUUCACUGAUUCAGAAUCAACAGUCUCUGAAGAUCUAAAAAAAGACUAGAACAAACGACAACAAAAAGAAAGUGCCAGUGAAUGUGGUCUCUAUCAGUUACUCCAACAUUGAUUUUAGCAUUUUACAUUGGAUGUUUAAAUUUACUCUCAUUAGAUAUGAAGAACUGUGUGCACGUCUUUUCUUAACCGCGUUGGUUUACUCCAUGGAGCACACCCAAACUCUCGUUAAAUCAACAUUUUAAUGUUGUCCAUCAAGUGUGAGACUUUCUCGAUGAACUCAGUGAAACAAGUUACUUCUUCACCUUUGGUGCUCCAAACGUCCUUUUACUGACCUCAGUCCACAACUUUAAAGCAACUUUGCACUCCAAAAAUCAACUCAGAUUGUAGUUAUUGUCAUCUUCACCAAACUGAGCAGAUCCAACAAACCCAAACUGAAACUGUCCUCGGAGAGUUAAUUCUUACUCAUGCAGUCCAAGUGGAUACUAAACCGACUAAACAGUCAUCCUCCUCAUCACAGUUCACAGUCUCAAAGCAAAUGACACAUGAUCAAAUCAAUGCAGAACAUAUUUUAGAUGGUUAACAAACCAAACAGAUUAUUAUUAUUAUUAAAUUAUUAUUAAUUAGAUCAUGAACAAUCAGUAACUGUCUUAUAGUCUAUGGCAUUUUAGAAAGACAACAAGGGGUAGUAGAUGAUCACUACACAAUGUUUACUUCACAGCAAAUCAAACAUUCUGUCAUUUUCUUUAUCAUCACCAUUGUGUUAUGUCAAACACCAAAGAAAUGUGUCCAUAUUUGCGACACAAAUGAAAAUAUUUUUCAUGAAAUAAUGCCUAAAAACAAUUAUUCAUUUAUAAGUAUUUUCCAUUACUGGGUUGCAGCUGGAAGGGCAUUCACUGUGUAAAACAUAUGCUGGAUAAGUUGACGGUUCAUUCCUCUGUGGUGAACCCUGAUGAAUAAAGGGACUAAGCCAGAGGAAAAUGAAUGAAUGAAUGAAUGAAUGACUUAUAAGUAUAUAUAAAAUGAACAGAAGCUCAAGUGCUUGAGUCUUGAGAACAAGUCUCAUUGGCUCCCGAUGCUAACGUGACACACAAGUAUGAACCUCAUUGGUUCUUGCGCAUCAGGCAAGCAUGAUUGUUCUUCCAUGACUAAAUUUAAAUGCUCUACACAUUGGCUGAUUCUCAAUAUGCGUUCUUCAGUGGUCUUGCGUCCUUGUGUUCUCGUGUAACAUCAUUAUCAACCACCAAAGUUCAGUUCCGAUACUCAAGACCGCAAGAACAGAGGACGCGUGAAACUUCCCUGAUGUGUUCUUGAUAUCGAGGACGCAUGG